CACUCCUCUCCUUGUUCCCCCCCCUCCCCCCCCCGGCCCUAUUCCGCCGUCGCCAAAUCGAAUUAAUUACUUAUCAGCUGAUACGCCUUAUCCCCAAGAGUCAUGUUUAUAUAGAUUGCGCCUUCCCCCAUUCAAACUUGUCGCUUUCCCAGCACAAGCAAACCAGAGUCUGAGUAUAUCACGACAUCCACCAUGGGCGCGUCAAUAACUGAAGACAAGGCAUACUCUAUGGGAUCCCAAGAGAUGGCUGUACCAGACCUCGAGGGACAGGAGAAGAUUGAGAGUUUAGAGAGAGUAGAAUCGGCGCGUUCUCAUGUGCUUGACGACUUGGGAAAGGGUGAAGGGAUCUCUUUUGAGGACUUGCCUAUCAUCGAUGUCAAGUCCGAGGACAAUAGAAGAGUGCUUCGAAAGUUGGACUGUUUAUUAUUGCCUCUCACCAUGAUUGCCUACACCUUACAAUACAUUGACCGAAGCGCUAUGAGUUAUGCUGCCGUUUUUUCUUUUCGCACAGAUCUCCACCUCGUGGGCACCCAAUAUUCUUGGUUAGGAAGUUGUUUCUUCCUUGGUUACUUGUUCUUUGAAUUCCCUGGAUCAUACAUCCUGCAACGUCUUCCUCUUUCCAAAAUCAUGGGAACAUCAAUCGUCAUAUGGGGUGGUCUCCUGAUGUGCUUGGCUGCCCCUCGUUCUUUCGGGGGAGCCGCUGCAAUCCGCACUCUGUUAGGCUGCUCCGAAGCCCUCGUUACGCCCGGUUUCGUCCUUCUCAUCAGUCGAUUUUACAAACGCGAGGAACAGCCUUUACGAGUUGGUUUGUGGUACUGCUGUAAUGGAUUAGGAUCUUUUAUUGGUGCUUUGGUUAGCUAUGGGAUGGGACACAUCCAUGUAGACAGUGUUCCCAACUGGGCUUGGAUCUUCAUCUUCAAUGGGGGCAUCACCGUCAUUUUUGGAACCGUCUUUCUCUUUCUCUGCCCUGAAAAUCCCCAAACAUGCAAGGUCCUUAACGCCCACGAGAAACGCGUAGCGUUAGAGCGUGUACGAACUAACAGAUCAUCCUUGGGCAGCAAGAUAAUCAAGUGGUACCAAGUCAAGGAAGCACUCUGUCCUUGGAUUUGCCCACAAGGAUGGUCUUAUUUUUUCAUCGUCAUGUCUCUUAGUUUACCUAACGGCGGUAUUGGCAAUUUCCUUCAUUUGAUCCUUCAAUCAUACGGAUACACCUCUUUCCAGACCAUUCUUAUGGGUCUUCCCCAAGCUGCCAUGCAGGUCGUCUUCCCCCUCUCUGGCGCUAUCAUCGCUCGAAAAGUCCCCAACGCCCGGCUCUACGUCCUCACGGCGUACAUGCUCCCGAGUUUGGUCGGUGUUAUCAUCCAGUAUAAGACGCGUAACAGCGGUGCUCUUUUGUUCGGUUACUACAUCCUCGGAUCAUAUGUCGCUUCCCUCGGUAUCUGCUUCGCCGCCCCAGGCGCCAAUGUCGUCGGAUACACCAAACGAGUCGUCGUCGGUGCCAUGGUCUUCAUCGCCUACGCCCUCGGCAACGUCGCCGGUCAAUUCUUCUGGAAAUCGACCGAAUCCCCACCGUACCGUAGUGGGAUGCUCGCUUGUAUGGUCUGUUUUGCAGCUACAAUCCCCAUGGGGUUUAGUCUGAGGUAUUAUUAUGUGUAUGAGAAUAAGAGGAGGGAUAGGUUACAAGCGGAGAUGGGGGAAGGAGCGGAGAAUGAUCAAGGGGACUUUUCGGAUAGGACCGAUGUCGAGAAUUUGUCGUUUAGGUAUGCCCUUUAAGCGGUGUAGUUUGAAUAUCAAAAGUUGUUUCCCCACAUUUUCAAUAAUUUUCCUCGGAGUUGUUUUACCUAGAUAUAUGUCGUAGUUGUCCGUUAUUAUGGUUGUAGAGCAUGUAUAGUACUCGUAGACUAAUCAGCGAUGAUGGACAUUGCUCUUCUCUUACUGCAAUAAGUUCUAAA